AUGGCUGGGUCACGUGCUCGCAGACUAAGAAGGCAGAAGCGCCAGCAGGGUCACCAGGGCCAACACCACCAGGAGGACCAGCUGGAGGAGAGCACCACCUACUCUGAGCUCCUGGCAACAACGAUUCCUGCCAACAGUAACCAGAAUGCUGACAAGGUUGCUCAAACACUUGGAAUCGUUCAAAACGGUGGGAAGAGCUCCGCUGGACUUUCAAGACAGUCACUCAUUGCCAAACAGUUUCCUGCUCUCCUCCAAGUCCCGUACGCGACGUCGCGCCAGAAGAUGCUGACCACGAAACCGAUGCGGAACUCACGACCCAACUGA